AAAUUUAUGCUUUUUACUUUCAGAAUGGCUCAGAAAAGCCUGUCAGAGCUUAAAAACUGUCACAGUGGGACCUCUAAGCCAGUUCCUUACUCAGAUGGAGUAACCGUGGUGAUAGUUAAGAAAGGUCACACAGCAAAGUUUGUCGAUAGUAACGGACAACAGGGGGAACUACUAAACUUCAGUGUUGCAGACAAAUCUGCUUCCAUGUUGGCCACACUUUCUGACAAAACCAAACACAGCAAAAUUGUUGAAGGGAAAACUUUCCUUGUUCGAAACUUCAUCCUGAAAGGAGGGAAGAUAACAAUGUCGUCCAAAACCUCCAUCAUGGGUAAACCUAGCCUAGAAAUUCCAGAUGAAAUCAGGACAAGUGCUGUCCAGUUAAUCUUACCACCUUCUCCUGAAAAGAAAGUUGCAGAAGUGCACACUGCUCCCCUCAGAAGCAUCUGCUCUGUGAAAGGUCAAGUGAUUAAGAAUGAGGCUACAAGAACUGUAAGAGUAAGUGGAUCAGAAACAACUAUAAGGACCAUUACAAUUGAAGAGAACAGUUCUACCAUCGAGAUUACUUUAUGGCGAGAACUUGCUGAACUAGUGAUAAACAUUGGGGACACCCUGCAAAUCACACACUGUCUCCUGAAUGAGUGGCAAGGAACGAAAGCCCUCAAUACGACUAGGAACACCACGAUACAGGAAAUACAGCCCUUGGAGGCAAAUGUAUCAGGAACAGUGCAAGCCCUUAGUUUAACAGAAACUUCCUGGGAAGUCUGCCUCAAAGAAGACAACAAAGAACAAUAUAAAGACAUUGUUAUUGAAAAAGACAUGAUGCAAAAUGCAUUAAGCCAUAUUGACGAAGCCUGCCUUCUGACAGAAGAGGAGUUAGAAAACGUCCUUAUCAACAGAAUUCCAUUCAAACUUCAAGCUGUCAUGAUGGGAUCAAGAAUUCUUAAUCUGCAACUUGGAAUUUUACCAGCACAGCAGAUUCCACAUCCACAAUUUGAGAUAAUGGAAUGAACAUUGCCUUUGUAAAUAACAUGCACUAGCAAGUACAUAUAUAGUCACUCUUUCUACAUUCUGGGAGUUUUUUUUUUUUUGAGAAAUUAGAAUACAACUGUAAAUAAUAGUUACACUUUCAUGAGUCAAAGGAUAUACUCAUAUGUGUUUGAAUGUGUUUUAUACAACUAGUGCUUAUUUUUGGGAUGUUAUUUGUAUCAAAAAACAACAAAUUUUUCCUAUGUUUUUUUGUACAUGUAUUUUAAUAAGACAGAUGUUUGUAGCAGACUACCUUUCUAUUUUUAUUUGGUUUCAAAAAUUUUUGAUCAACUGAUAUUUUACGAAAUUCUGACAGAUUCAGGUAAUAUUUUGGAAGAAACUGAAAAAUUAAUUGUUAUUUCCUAUAACAACUGUAAAAAAUAAUAAAUAUGUCACCUUAUCAUUCACAAAAAUCCAAAAUUAUCAUUUCUUAGCUACAGACUCUGUUAUAACUUUGCAUCUGCAUGGCUGAAAAUUGAAAGAAAACAUAUUUUGAACCUGUACCUUUCAUGUGUAGUUUUUUAAAAAUAUGUUAACUGACUGUGUGUGCGUUUACUAGUAAUAGUACAUUUUCUUGGGUAGUAUUUAGUCAAUUAGUUAUUUAAUUAAUAUACUUUAAACAGGGAAGCUUCUGUGUAGUUUACUCUUCAUGUUAACAACCAGACAAUCUUGUAUGUCAUUAAUUGUCUUUGUGAUGUUUCUAAAUGUAACUUGAGAUUUGAAUGAUUUGUUAUUAAUUGUCAACUACUAUAGAUAAUGGCUAAACUUAUUGUUGAGUUGAUAAUACGUGUAUUCUUUGUACCAAUAUUUUGUUGAACUGUACACACCUGUAAAUAUAGGUUUUGUAUACAUUUAUGUAGAUUGAAUUUUGUCAUUCACUUCUCAUUUUCCAUUGAUAUCAUCAUUAUUUUUUAUUAUUAUUUGGUUAUGAAGAAAAAAACUUACCAGUCUGAUAUAUAUCGGAAAAAUUCCAAUUUUACUUUCAAUAUGCCAAUAACAAAAAGCCUAAAACUCAUUUUGUUGUACACUAUGAUAAAAAAAAAUGCAUGACAAGGUUAUGUCCAAGUCUAUUUUAAUCAUUUUUCAAUGUUUAGCAUUUAAAUUAUACAGUAGUGUUAGGUAUUUUACUUGCAAGAACACUUUUUGUAUACUUUCAAUAUGUCUUUUGUUGCAUUUCCAAAUGUGUAAAAAUUAUGCACAACAUAGAAACUGUACAAGUUAUUGUUUAAAGAGGAAUGAUAAAACUCAGCUUGUAAAUGCCAUGAAUAUAAACAUGCCAACUUCUGUUUACUUUAACUUUAAUAUAUAAUUAUUGGACACUACUUCUCAGUUUCAUAAUGUAACAUUUAUAAUUUCCCCUCUUCCAUUGCUGCCAAAAUCUCACUUUUUCUUACAUAAUUUACCAAGACAGUUCUUCUUGUCACUGACUGAUGAAAAAUCAUCUUGUGAAGAGAUAUAUUCUAUUAGAAUUGUAAUUAAUUCCAUAUCUGUUUUCCAAAUAACAUAAACAUUACUUUUCUCCAUUUUUAACAAAUUGAAGUUUUACCACAUGUAUAUGUUGUAAAAAAUAACUCAUUGUUCAAACAAUUUUGAUUAGUUAAAAUAUUACUUCAAAAUAAUUUGUACAAGGUCUAAUUUGAAACAUCUGCAAAUAAACGUUAUCUUUCCUCAUUUUGAGUCAUUUAUUGUGAGAUGUAUUUGCAAAUUUCUACCACACCUUUGGUAAUUUUUAUACGGUUUUAAGAACUAUUUUAUUAUUGUUGACACUAGUUAUUAAGCUUUGCUGCAAAAUAACCUUCAAUGGCGCCAAUAGCUGUAUAACAAAACAAAAAAGAAUAGUGUUAUUAAAGGUGGUAUAACACACCUAAAAAAAAAUGUCGCUCAAACUGGUAAUAAUCUAAUAUAAUAUGAAGUGAAUUAUGAUGAUGAACUGUAUGUAUAUCAAAAAAGCAAAAAAUAUGCAAUUGUGCAAACGUAUAACAACAAUAUAAAGUGCAAGCAUUAGACCCCAAAAAACAUUCAAAACGUCGAACACAAGGACCACAUGAGAAAUUAAGUUUUAUAAAAUCAAAGGCUUUUAUGUACCAUGUUUCAGGCAAGUAUCCAUAUACAAGCUUUAAUUCACAUCAUCUUCAAAAAGUAACAUAUAUUUAAAGAAAUCUGGUCUUCGAUACUUUAAAUUGAUAUUCAUUAAACAUAAACCAAAAUUUCAAUAAGGCUCAUUUCCGCCUACGCUUGCACUUAGUAAAUUUUCUUAGAACCAAGCUAGGUUAGUGCUUUUCAGUACUU